AAGUCAAUGAACUGUAACGUAAACUCAAUCGAUCACUUGUAUCCAAGCAUACAGGAAGUGACAAACGAUGCUAGCUUUUUAAUGAAGGCAGAACAUCUGGCUUAAGCUAAAAGCAUGAUAAAAAGAAAGGUUUAUGUACGUGUUGUAUUUCUGAAAGUCGGCGAAAUCGACACAGUGAAGGAAAAAUACUGUGCAGACGUUUUUGUCCAAGCAAGAUGGAGGGAACCAUCUCUGGAUUUCUGUCAACAUCUUCGGAACACAAAAUUGGACAAUUACUGGGAUCCUAAAAUGUCAAUUCAGAACGUGAUCGACUCAAAAAAGAAGAAAGUGUUAAAAGAGUUGACGUUCGGUCCCAAUGAGGAGGCAUAUAUCGUAGAGAAGAUAAAACUAAGCGGAAACUUCUCCGAGAAACUGGAGCUUGUGGAUUUUCCUUUUGAUCAUCAGUAUUUGAACCUGAUUAUAACGUCAGAAAUUCCCGCCAGUGAGUUAGAAUUUGUGGAAGACACAGAGGAACUGAGUACGAUUAAUGUGUCUUGCUUUGUGGAUGUCCAGGAGUGGUCACUUUAUGACUAUGUAGACUUUGUUCCUUAUACAGAAACUAAAUUGUUCUCACAGAAACGAAAUGUCAACGCCAAGUUCCCGGGCAUUUCUGUCGGCUGCUGCGCGGUCAGACGCGCGGGAUUCUUCGUAUGGAACGUUAUCGUGAUUAUGACACUCAUAUGUGCCACUUCUCUCGCGACGUUUGCCGUUAGUCGUAAACUACCUCAAAACCGAUUGCAGUUAUCCAUAACAUUGAUGCUGACGGCAGUUACAUUUAGGUUGAUGACAAAUGCUAAUCUCCCAAAGAUAUCAUAUCAUACCCGCCUUGAUAAGUUCAUUCUUACCAAUAUGUUCUUUAACUGGUUGGUGACGGCAUGGCACGCACUUGUUACAAGAUUUGAGUACGAUGAAUCUCUUCAGGAGACCAUGGAUAACUGGGCUUUUGUGGUCUUCCUCAUCUCUUACGGUGUAUUCCUACUCGUCUUCGGUAUCCUAGUUCUAGUAACUUAUGUUAUAAGAAAUAAUGAAUUAGAAACCAAACUACACAAGUAUGAGGAAAAAGCUGAGAAAUUGAUGGGUGGACAUUGGAAGGACUCCCGGGAAAAAGACCACGAAAAAGUCGUCGUCAAGAGACGAGCCGGGUUAUCCUACACAACCCCUGGUACGGCAGCAACUGUGUCCCCAAUGCAUGCCUGAUGCCCCAGCGAUGUCAUCCCAAAAGCUUUACAGGAUACAUAUUAAUUCAUUCCAUCCUUACCAAUAGAACAUAAGGUUUCAUUGAUAGAAACAUGGACUGACUUCUUUAGUGCUCAAUAUUUCGUCAUUGUUGUGAAUAUGCUCAUGUUUUAUGUGAUAUGCAAUAAAAAAACUGAAACUUCUGUUCAGAGGUAGUGAAAAAUUCAACUUGAACUGGAAGUCUUGUGUUGCGGAAAUUGAAAUAAACCCAAGUUUACUGUUAGCGAAAAAAAAAGUGGUCACUUUCCCGUUCCGGUUUUUUGAAACAUUUUUAAAAAAAUUCCAAAUAAAAUAUUGAUAUUAUGAGACAAAACAAGAUGCUAAAGAGCUUUGUCACCCAGGUAUGAUUUUGAUGGAAAUUAUGACUUACCCUCUGUCAUUAGCAGCACAGAGAAUAUUAGUUGUCUUCAUUUACAUGUACCUGUAUUGUAUUUGUCUCAUGAGGCAAAAAAACUUUAUUUUCUUUGAAAGUAGA